UUUCAUACACAACCACCACCGCCACCACCUCUCUCACCAAACUGCUAUACAAAAAAAAAGUUUUGACAAAUAUUUCCAUUUGUUUGCAUCGAGAGUUGACUCAAACUUUGCUCGAAACGCGAUUUAUUCUGUAGAAAAAGGGAAGUACAUUCAUCAUAAUCAUGGCAACCGAUCCAUCUGGUUGGGGGACGCUGUCCCAAGAACGAGAAAUCUCUAAUAUGGUCUCUAAACUUGACAUUGAAAAAGAAUCAACCGCAAAUGGUAAUGGCAAGACUGACGAAGAGCAAUCGGACACACCAAGUUUGGCAGAUUCGAGUUUGCUUUCAAAAAUAUUUCGAAAGCAAUUAAACACAACCAGCUCUGAUUUAGAGGUACAGCGCAAGGAUCCGAACAACCCCUUGUUUUCCGUUAAGACUUUCGAAGCUCUUAAGCUACAUCCAGAUCUCCUUCGCGGUGUAUAUGACAUGGGCUUCAACGCUCCAUCAAAAAUACAGGAAACAGCACUGCCGAUGUUGUUGGCUAAUCCGCCACAGAACAUGAUCGCUCAAAGCCAGUCUGGAACAGGAAAGACUGCCGCUUUCGUUCUGGCGAUGUUGUCCCGUGUCGACACAAGCAAAAAUUACGUACAGGUGGUGUGUCUGUCGCCAACAUAUGAGUUGGCUAUUCAAACGGGUGAAGUAGCGGCUAGAAUGUCGCAGCAUCGGAAAGACAUCCAAUUGAGAUUUGCUGUCCGUGGCGAAGAAGUUCCCCGAGAUCGUAAACUCACCGAACACAUUGUCAUAGGAACGCCGGGAAAAAUAUUGGACUGGGGUUUGAAGUUCAAGGUGUUCGAUAUUAAGAAAAUAUCGGUUUUUGUGCUGGAUGAGGCCGACGUUAUGAUUGCAACGCAAGGGCACCAAGAUCAGUGCAUUCGGAUACAUAAGCAGUUACCUAAUCAUUGUCAGAUGAUGUUCUUCUCCGCUACGUAUGACCAGGAGGUCAUGUCAUUUGCAGAACUCAUAGUACCCAAGCCGACAAUAAUUCGAUUAAAGAGAGAACAAGAGUCUCUGGACAACAUCCGGCAAUACUACGUUAGAUGUGCCAAUCAAGAGGCAAAGUACGCUGCUAUCACCAACAUCUACGGCGGCAUCAGUAUCGGACAGGCGAUUAUCUUUUGUCAGACAAGGAAAACUGCCAUGUGGUUGUCCGGAAAAAUGAGUCAAGAUGGACAUUCCGUUGGAAUAUUGUCAGGCGAGCUAAAUGUCGAACAGCGAAUUGCUGUUUUGGAUCGAUUCCGGGCAUCCCUCGAAAAAGUCCUGAUAACAACGAAUGUGUUGUCGCGCGGCAUCGAUAUAGAGCAGGUUACGAUCGUGGUCAAUUUCGAUAUGCCAGUGGAUAUGAAUGGAAAGGCAGACUGUGAGACAUACCUACAUAGAAUCGGACGCACAGGUCGCUUCGGUAAAUGCGGAAUUGCGGUCAACCUUAUCGAUUCGGAGCAAACGAUGCAAAUUUGUCAAGAUAUCGAAGAACAUUUCGGCAGAAAAAUUUCGAAGAUAGAUACGGAUAAUCCGGAGGAAAUCGAAAACAUACAGAACUAAUAUAUUCAAGCUUUCUAAGAAAUACAUGAAACGUAACGGCGUUUUGUUUUCG